GUAUGCUAACUUCACGCGAUUUACAGCUUGAAAGCGCCAUAUUGGAAUGUGAAAUCUUUGUGUUCAACCGACGUUGUUCUUGUAAUUUUUCACCUCUGAGAACAGAAUAAUUGAGCAAUUAUGGCAGGAACAGGUGCAAACAGUGUUCCUCUGGGAGCUUUGCAUCCAGUCUUCAGUGGAGGAGGAAAAUCAUCUGGAAAUGACUCGAUGUUGAACGCUGCCCGUGAAGCAGCUGCGAGGGUGACUGCGAACAUCCUGAAACGGGAUCACGCCGGGAUUGCCGGCCGACCAGCGCAGGCCCAGAGUACCGCUACCAGCGGACCUGUGUCGGCCGCUCAUCACCCAUUAACAAUGCCCGGUCAGCGCCAAAUCAUUGAACCUCUGAUGCAAGCAUCUUCAAGUUGGCCAAUGCAGCAGCAACCAGAGACUUCUAAGCGUCGCAAACGGAGUCGAUGGGGUGGAGAGGAUGUCAAGGCUGCGCCAGGUGUGGCUACCGUUAUCCCUUCAGGCCUGUCAAAGGAACAAGAAACACAAGUCUUAUUACAUCUGCAGAUUGAAGAAUUGAGCCGUAAACUACGAACCGGAGAGCUUGGUGUGCCACCCAAUGUGGAGGAUAGGUCACCUUCACCCGAGCCUAUCUAUAACCAUGAGGGCAAGCGUCUCAACACCAGGGACUAUCGGAUGCGCAAGAAGUUGGAGGAGGAUCGUCACAAGAUGAUCCAGGAAGCACUCUCUAUGAAUCCAGAGUACAAGCCUCCAGCAGAUUACAAGCCACCUGUCCAGCGAGUGAGUGAUCGGGUCAUGAUACCACAGGAUCAGCAUCCAGAUAUCAACUUUGUUGGCUUACUCAUCGGACCUCGAGGUAAUACCUUGAAGAAACUUGAGAAGGAUACGACCACCAAGAUUAUGAUCCGCGGCAAGGGAUCAGUGAAAGAGGGCAAGGUUGGGCGUAAAGAUGGCCAGCCUUUACCAGGAGAAGAUGAACCUCUCCAUGCCCUUGUCACAGCCAACAAUGCUGAGAGUGUCAAGAAAGCAGUCAUUCAGGUGAACCCUACUCCCAUGUAG